CAUGCCGAUGUGAGUGCCCAGCGCUCAUACGCUUGCUUGUGCCGCCUGGUUGCGCAAUGAACUUGUUUGUGAGGCACUACAUGCGUCUGCAGCAUGACCGCGAGAAGGACGAAGGAUACCAGAAAAAGCGAACAAAAGUGGCUAGCGCAGUUUUGCAUGCCAAUUUGUCGAUAGAGGAACAUGCAAGCAAGGUGUACACCCGAGCCAUGUUCGAGCAGUUUGGGCAUAAUUUGUACUUGGCGGGGGCUUACCGCAUUGAGGAGGUUGUGAAAGAUCAGUUGUACUUGGCAAAGCACACGAAAGCCCACAAGAGAGAGAAAUGGAGCCGUGUCGAAUUUCAGGUGAAGAUUAUUGAUGGCGGUGAAUUUUUCGAUUGUGAAUGUGGCCUUUUUGAGCUCAUGGGAAUUGUUUGCGGCCAUAGUAUCAAGGUAAAGUCGGGAAGAUGAAAUUAUGUACUUGAUGAUUUGGGGCAUGUGUGUGUGUCCAAUUUUUUUCCGCCCAUUUCGUAUAACUACUCCUUUUUUUUGCAAAUGUUAUGGACUACCUGGGGGUGGAGGAAAUUACCAAAGCGGCACAUCAUGAAGAGGUGGACAAGGGAUGCAAGGGAUGUACUGCCAGGGCACCUUGAGGUAUACCAGAACGACCACGCCUCUAGCAGAUCUUUCACGUGCAGACAUUCUUUGCUGUACAGAAAAGCACUGGAGCUCGUCAGGCUAGGUGAUGCAAGUGCCGAGGCAUACGAGAAGCUUAACAGUUUGUUUGAAAGCAACCUACUGAUAAUGGCACCGUUCGAUAGUAUGAGGGAUGGGCUUGGGUUAGAGGAUAGGCCGGCAGAGCAACCCGAUGAAGUUGGAUCAGAAAGAGUGAUGUUGGACGACGGCUUAAUUCUAGCUGGGGAGCCGAAUCUUCUACAAGGGUUGGGAGCCCCAAUAAAAAAUCGCGGGGCUGGGAGGCCAACCACAAGCAGAGACAGGGCUCCUUACGAGGGGGCCGGUGGACUGAGCAAGCGCACGCGUUUCUGCACAAUUUGCAGGUGUAGCGGGCAUAAGAGGACGACAUGCCCCCCAGCGGGGAGACGCUCCGAAGCAGCCGCGGAAAGUGGCGAAGUGCACGAGGUGUGGGUUGCCUGGUCAUCGUAGGACGACUUGCGCAAAACAAGUUGGCGCAUUGCUUUCGGGAAGGCGAUAUGAUUUCACAUACAAGAAAGAAUGCCCUCCAUCCCUUCCCCAUCGAUGCCCAGAUGUUCGGUGAAAGAGCUGCCUCGUUUGUUAACGAAAUUUUCAUUUGGUACUCAUGGAUGAUCCUAAAUAUUAGUUGGAUUUUUAUUGUAAAAGAUGUUUAACGAUAGACUUGGGUGCAGCUGGUUGUCAGUUAGUAAUCCAGUCUGACCUGAUGUCCUGUUA